AUGGUGGUACUAUGUGUUGUUGUCUCCGCCAAUGCUCAACUACCCCAGUUUCCCAUGCCAUUUCCUUUUCCACUCCCAUUCCAACCAAGUCAUGGUAUUCCAAGAUUUCCUGAUGCAGCAAAAUGUUGGGUUUCGGUGAUGAAUAUUUCAGGAUGCAUUAUAGAGAUUUCUACAUCCAUACUCACAAGACAAUUCGGACAUAUAGGUCCCGCUUGUUGCAAGGCCUUUUUGGAAGCCGAAGCCAAUUGCUUACCGAAAGUUCCAUUCAAUCCGCUUUUUCCUCUCAAAGACCAAUGUUCAAGAAUUGCUAACGCAGCUCCUCCUACCACAAAAUAG